UGGUGUUGAACAGGCUGUUCUGGGAUCAGUUUGCCGAGCUUCACCUGCGACUAGACCGCGCGCACCUGAGCGCGGAGACCGACCUACUACCGACUAUUCCGGUUGGAAUAUCAGCCACUCUUCCCUUCUUCCCUUUUUUUUUUUGGAUUCUUUUUUUUUUGUAUAAAAAGUGUGUUUAAAUAUGAGUCCAGCGGACUAACUGGACAGCGGCGUCAUGAGGCGUCCUGCCAGGUGCGAGUAGACUUUUAGCAAACAACACCACUUCCGGUGUCUCCUUUUUGAUUCUUUCUGACAUUUAAGAAGGAAUAUCAAACAUGCUCGGGGCGGAGAGCAGGCUGGAGAGCCGGCUGGAGAAGCUGGAGGCGCUCAUGAGGAACCCGGAGUCGGUGUUAAACUUGGAAACGCUGUUGGAUUCCAUAAAUGCUUUGGCCCACGACCUCAACUAUCCUGCUCUACGGAAGAACAAGAACAUUGAAACCUUUUUGGGCCGAUAUGAAAAGGCAGUGAGCCAACUGCGCGAGCUGCAGGUCAAGUUGGAAGACUUCGAAAAGGUGAAGCUGAUCGGAAGAGGAGCUUAUGGAGAAGUGCAGCUGGUGCGACACAAGGCCUCUCGCAAGGUUUACGCCAUGAAGCAGCUCAACAAAUUUGAGAUGAUCAAGCGGUCGGACUCGGCUUUCUUCUGGGAGGAGAGGCACAUCAUGGCCUUCUCGAACAGCCCCUGGGUGGUGCAGCUGUGCUGUGCCUUCCAAGAUGACCGCCACCUCUACAUGGCGAUGGAGUUCAUGCCGGGUGGCGACAUGGUCAACCUCACCAUGAAUUACGACCUACCGGAGAAGUGGGUUCGCUUCUACACGGCCGAGGUGGUGCUGGGCCUGGACGCCAUCCACUCAAUGGGUUUCAUCCACCGCGACAUCAAACCAGACAACAUGCUGCUCGACCGGCACGGACACGUCAAGCUGGCUGACUUUGGCACGUGCAUGAAGAUGGAUUCUACAGGCAUGGUGCACUCUGACACCGCCGUAGGCACACCCGACUACAUCUCCCCCGAGGUGCUCCAGUCUCAGGGUGGCGAAGGUCACUAUGGACGGGAGUGCGACUGGUGGGCUGUUGGCAUCGUUCUAUAUGAGCUGUUAGUGGGGGAGACUCCUUUCUACACCGAAUCCUUGGUUGGAACCUACGGGAAGAUCAUGAAUUUCAAGAACUCCCUCGUCUUUCCAGAAGACGCGGAGAUGUCCCAGGAAGCCAAUGAUCUCAUCCGUGCCUUUCUCACCGACAGGGAGACUCGUCUGGGCCGCACAGGAGUGGAGGAGAUAAAACGUCAUCCCUUCUUCAAGAGUGACCAGUGGACCUUUGACAACAUCCGAGAGACGGUGGCCCCUGUCAUACCGGAGCUGAGCAGCGACAUCGACACGACCAACUUUGACGACUUCGAGGAUGAUAAGGGAAGAGCGGAGACUUUCCCGCCGCCGAAAGCCUUCGUGGGCAACCAGCUUCCAUUUGUCGGCUUCACUUACUUCAAGGAAGACCAGCUGCUGAAGGCAAAUAAAAACACCUCGGAGGAUUCCGAUAACGAAAAGGACAAACUGGAGGAAAAACAGCGUCGGUCCGACAACAAGAAAGAUCUGCAGAAAAAACUGAAUGAACUGGAGGAGCAGCUGGACCAUGAAAUGCAGGCCAAAGACGAGCUGGAGCACAAGUUCCGAAAUGCCACUAACAGUUUAGAAAAGUUGGUGAAAGAGUUGGACAAGGAGAUGAACAGCAGACAGCUCAUGGAGGCCUCCAUCAGGCAAAUGGAGCGCGAGCGAGCGCUGCUCCAGCACCAAAGUUCCGAGAACCAGCGCAAAAUGGAGAUGGAGGCGGACAGGAAACGUGGCCUGGAAAAUGAGCUGAACAGCCUGAGGGACCAGUUUGAGGAUCUGAAGAAGAGAAACCACAAUACGCAGAUCUCCAACGAGAAGAACAUCCAGUUGCAGAAACAACUCGACGAGUCUUCCGCCACGCUUCAGGCCGAGCAGGAAGCGUCGGCGAGGCUGAAGAAGAGCCAGGCGGAGAUUCAGAAACAGGUCCAGAGCCUGGAGCUGAGCCUUGGGGAGGCUCAGAAGAAGUGCCAGCAGCUGGAGGAGGGCAAGAUGGAGCUCGAGAAGCAGCUGACGACGCUGCAGGCCGAGCUGGAGGCAGAGAGGAGAGAGCUUGGCAUCAAGGCAGAAGUAAUCGCAGACCUGCAAGGACAGACGUCUGGCCUGCAAGCGGAGGUGACAGAAGUGAAGUCGUUUCUCUCCUCGGUCCAGACUGAGAAGAACCAACUACAAGAGAAGCUGAAUGACCUCGAGAAGGCAAAAAGCAACCAAGAGAUUGAGUUGACGUUCAAGCUGAAGUCGGUCCAGCAGAGCCUGGAGCAGGAGGAGACUGAGCACAAGGCAACUAAAGCAAAGCUGGUGGACGAAAACCAGAGUUAUCAGUCUAUAGAGAUGGCGAAAUCUGCCUCCUUGAAAGAGCUGGAGCACACGCUUCAGGAGGAGCGCGUCCUGAAGCAGGAGGUGGAGGCGAAGCUGCUGCAGCUGAAGAAGGAUCACUCCAUGCUGGACUGCGAUUACAAGCAGAUGCAGAACAAACUGGAUGAGCUGCAGACACAAAAGGAGAGAGUUUCUGACGAGGUCAAGAACCUGAGCCUGCGCCUGGAGCAGGAGAUUCACAAGCGCGGUCUGGCCCAGAGCGAGCUGAAGAUGGAGAAACAGCAGGUGACCGUCCUGGGCACCUCGGAGAAGCAGCUCAAGCAGGAGCUCAACCAACUCCUGGAGAUGAAGCAGGUCCUGGACAAACAGAACCACGACAUGCGCAGGGAGAAGCAGGAGGCUGAUGACCUUUUGAAGGAAUUAAAGGACCAGCUGGAAGCGGAGCAGUAUUUCACGACCCUUUACAAGACGCAGAUCCGCGAACUGAAAGAGGAGUGCGAUGAGAGGAACCAACUUCAUAAAGAGGCUCAGCAACGUCUGGCAGAAUACCAGGAGGAAAGGGAGUCGCUUGCAUCCCAGCUGGAAACCAGUCUGACCAAGGCGGACUCGGAGCAGCUGGCUCGCUCUGUCGUGGAGGAGCAGUACUCCAGUCUGGAGAAGGAGAAGAUCAUGAAGGAGCUGGAGAUCAAGGACAUGAUGGCCAGACACAAGCGGGAACUUGGCGACAAGGAGGCCACGAUCAGCUCGCUGGAGGAGUCCAACCGCACGCUCACCGUGGAUGUUGCCAAGCUGGCCAGCGAGAAAGAGGAGCUCAACAACGAGCUGAAAGAACUGCAACAACAGCUCCAGCGAGCGAAGGAUGAGGAGACAGAGAUGAGCUCUGUCAUGAUGUCCUUUGAAAAGCAGGUGCAGAAUGAAAGGACGCUGAAAAUUCAGGCCAUCAACAAGCUUGCCGAGGUGAUGAACCGAAGGGAGACGGUGAGGGGAGUCCACCGAGGCACCGACACGGAGGUGCACAGGAGGGAGAAGGAGAACAGGAAGCUGCAGCAGGAGCUGAGAUCAGAGAAGGAGAAACUCAACAGCACCAUCAUCAAAUACCAGAGAGAGCUGUCGGAAAUGCAGGCGCUCAUCGUGGAGGAGAACCAGGUGCGCCAGGAGCUCCAAAUGACGUUGGCCAGCAAAGACAGCGACAUCGAGCAGCUCCGGUGCCAGAUCACCUCCCUCAGCGUCCACUCCCUGGACUCCACCAGCAUCAGCAGUAACAACGACCUGGACGGGAGCGAAGGUUACCCAGUGCGUAUUACUCACUCCCAAACCUCCGAAUCAAUGUCCUUCACCUACCAGCGCACACACAAGUCAGUGCGCGUCGACACUCGGCCCGACCUCCGGCGUUCUGCACACGCUCUCUUUGACUCGGACUCUGAGGACUCUGAGGAAUGUGAAGAGCGGGGCCAGAGUCCCCUGGCUCUCACCUACCAGCAGCCCGAGCCUGAGAGCGCAGACUCCAGACUGGAAGGAUUUAUUUCACUUCCUACCAAGCAGACAAAGCGAUUUGGCUGGGACAAAAAGUAUAUCGUGGUGAGCAGCAAAAAAAUUCUGUUCUACAACAGCGAGCUGGACCGAGAGCUGGGUAACCCGUACAUGACUUUGGACAUAGACAAGCUGUUUCACGUCCGGCCUGUGACCCAGACAGAUGUGUACCGUGCAGACGCCAGAGAAAUCCCUCGGAUAUUUCAGAUCCUGUACGCCAACGAGGGAGAGAGCAAGCGUGAGCAGGAAGUGGCCUUAGAGACCACCCACUUCGGCGAGCGCCCCUCCUACAUCAGCCACAAGGGCCACGAGUUCAUCCCCACGCUUUAUCACUUCCCUUCCAGCUGUGAGGCCUGCACGCGGCCCCUCUGGCACGUCUUUAAGCCGCCGCCGGCCCUGGAGUGCCGCCGCUGCCACACAAAGUGCCACAAGGACCACCUGGACCGGAAGGAGGAGGUCAUAGUGCCUUGCAAGGUGAGCUACGACAUGUCCACCGCCAAAGAGCUGCUUUUGCUGACCAACAGCCAGGAGGAGCAGCAGCGAUGGGUCAGUCACCUCCUCAAGCGCAUCCCUCGGAAACACCCGUCGCCCGUGGCCUCCCCGCCCCAACCCUCCGAAGGGGCGCCAGCAAGAUCCUCCCCUCGUGUAUCGCCACUCCGGUCGCCCAGAGAGUCGCCCAGAGGCUCGCCCAAAAGCUCGCCGCACUUUUCACCGCACCGCAGGGCCAUUAAGAUGCCGUCCACCAGACAGCAGCCAUCAGGGAAGGACAGAUUGCUUGAAUUUGGCCUGAAAGACUGGAGGUGGUCGUUGGACGACACUGACAGUGAUGAUGAUAUGCUCUUCUGAAAGGAGUCAAAAAGGGGGGGAAGGAGGUUAACCCCGGCCCAGCGAGGAGAUCAUCCACUUCUUUGUGGAUGAUUGACAGCAGCGUGGCGCCAAAUCAAGACAAGAGACAUUCACUGAAACUGUAAGAACUUUCCAUAAGAGGAACAAUAGCAUGUCUUCUCAUUCAGGUUAGUCAACACGACCUUGCUUUUAGAAUGAAAAAAAAAAAAGAAUAAAAGGAAAGGACUUUUAAUGUUUGAAGUGCAAGGUGUGUGUGCUUUUGUAUAUAAAUGAAGAGGAACGGCAUUUUAAGAAUGUUUUUUAUGAGUGCAUAGUACCUAGAACUAGUUUACUCAACAGGUUGCAGGAUUAGUUUUAUCUCACAUUCGAUCGUGGAAAAACGUGAACACAAUCAAUCCAUUUUAUGUUUGGUGAUUCAAAUAAAAUUAUUGUACCCCGGGAAAA